AUGAGUCCAAAAACAGUAGAGCAGUCACGACAACCAUCAGGAGAAGAAGGAGGAGGAGGAGGACGAGAGAAAAAGGAGAAGAAAAAGGAGCAGGAGAAGGAGAAAAAGGAGGAGAAAGAGAAGGAGAAGAAGAUGGAGGAGGAGAAAAAGAAGAAUGAGGAGGAGAAGGAGAAGAAGGAGGACGACAAGGAGAAGAAGGAGUAAAAGAAGAAGGAGAAAAAGGAGGAGAAAGAGAAGAAGAAGGAGGAGGAGGAGAAAGAGGACGAGAAAAAGGAGAAGAAGAAGGAGCAGGAGAAGUAGAAAAAGGAGGAGAAAGAGAAGGAUGAGGAGGAGAAGGAAAAGGAGCAGGAGAAGGAGAAAAAGGAGGAGAAAGAGGAGGAGGAGAAAAAGGAGGAGAAAGAGAAAGAGGAGGAGGAGAAGGAGGAGGAGAAGAUGAAGAAGUAGUAAAAGAAGGACAAAAAGGAGGAGAAAGAGAAGAAGAAGGAGAAGAAGAAGAAUGAGGAGAAGGAGAAGAAGAAGUGCCAACCAGAGAUGCGAGUUAUGCUAAACAGGACACAAAUCUUUGCUUUGGUUUCUACAUGA